AUGAAGAUUACAAAGGUGCUAGUAACAUUGGCUAUUUUAGUAGCCCUGAAUUUACUCACACCAUGCACAUGUAAGAAUGUACAUCUAGAAAAAAUGAAAGCAGAAUUAGACGUAGUCGAUAAAAAUGUGAGGAAAAAGCAUUUCAAAAAGAAGUUUAUCAUCUCUUCAGUAGUUAUAGGAGUAGCCAUUUUGGUAAAUGUACUAGCUGCAAUAGGAUACUAUAAUUAUAAGAAAAAGGAACAAUGUCAGCAUGAACACAAUAAUCACGCUCAGCAAUCUGAAAUGAACGUACCUGUAAAUAAUCGUGCCAAGCUAACUAAAGAAAUUAUUGACGAAGUAAAUCGAAUGUCGGAAAAAAAUAUGGCCGAAGAAUUCAAGUCUGGAAGACCAUAUUAUCCAAAGCUCAAGGAUGUUAUGCUCAACAUUGAAAAUGAAGUCAAAAGGAGAAACGAAAAGUUAGAUAGGUAUAACAUUUCAGACAUGUCUUACGAUAUUUUCAGAAACCUUUAUCAUAUAUCUGAACUGUGGAAGAAAAACCCAAACUUAAUCCCAUCCAAUAAGUAA